AUGGAUCCCCCGAACCCUCCCGCACCUCCGCAGCAGGAGAUUACCAGCUUAGAGCACUUCCUACAGAUUCAAGCUGCUGAGGAGGCCGCGGCGGAGGCUGCGCCAGCUGCCAAGGGCAACACCACUGCCGACGAUUUCCCAAUCAAUCCCGCCGAGCAACGUGCCCUGGUUGAUCAAUUCAUUGCAGCGAUGCUGAAAACUGUCGACAUUGUUGACAACUAUCGAAACGAUCCUACCGAGAACCCCGAUGUGAAGUACGUCCUCGGUCUUCCGAGAGAGAAGAUGGUGAGAAAGGGUUGGGAAUUUAUGGUCUACGUUUACAAGGUCCAACGAGGAAUUAUCCACCCCGACGCGUUGUCCCCUGAUAUCCCGAACUUCAUGACCAGGUGGAGAUUGACCUUAGGCACCUUUCGGAAAUCAAAGGCUGCUUGCACCGAUUUAUUCACCCUCCCAUUUCUGUGGAGGUACUCUUGCAAUCCGGUUCGCGAGUUGGAGUUCGGAGGCUCGUAUGAGACCGUCGGCAACAUCACUACGAUCAGAAAUGCGGCAGGCGAGAUCAUCGAAAGGCUCAACAAGCCUCAAAAGCGCCCCCUGGCGGAAUACAUGGACGAGGACCUCGCAGCCUGUGCAAAGGUCAAACGACAGAGAAGGACUACCGGAGCUUCCUCAGCCUCCGCAGCCACGAUUACUUUCCAGGCGAUGCUCCAAGAGCAAUCCGCUCUUCAGCGGGAACAAGAGGGAUCAGGAUCUCUUGCGGUAUCAGAUGGCCCGAGCAGCCCCGGACCCGAUGUCGCCAACUACAACCCUGGUAAUAAGCAAGACCAUGCGCCGAAUCACCAUCAGUCAUUGGACGGAGAGUUUGGGUACGACCCGCUGAAUCAAUACCCGGCUCCUGCUGAGGGUGAUGCAGAAGCUGAUCCGUUGGUGCGGGAUCAACACUCUCAGCAGCCCGCCGAUUUCAUGGCGUUUUUUAACUUUGACAGAUACUUCAACCGUAACCAGCCCAUCGCUGGCCAUGCUCGAGGCAAUGACGGCAGCCACCCUGCCUAG